AAACAACUCAUUUUUUAAUAAAAAAAAAAUUAAGAGAUGUCCGAGGAACAGUCAAGCACCUCAGCCUUUGGCUUCAAGAAGCGGAACAUUAACAGAGGAGCUGCCAUGCGCCGCAAGAAGGAGAGCAGCAGCAGCAAUGAUUCAGCCAAAAGCAGCGAUGAGGAGACCCAGAACAAGGCCAGUGCUCUUGUGCGGGCCGAGAACCGCCGCAAACGAACAAAUCCCAACUUUCAAAGCACCAAGACGGUGAGCAAGGCCAAGCGACAGGCGGGUGUCACGGAGGAGGCCACAUCCAGCGAUGGCAAAUCCGAAGAUGAUGGACUGGGCGUGGCAUACAAAUCGAAACGUGAGGCGCUGCCCAGUGGUCCCCAGGAUCAGGGUGCCACUUCAGUCAACGAAAUGGACACGGAACUGGAUCGCGAUGCUCAGGCAAUACAUGCCCGGGCGCUGAAGAUCAACGAGGAGCUGGAGGGCAAGGCCGACGACAAGAUCUACCGUGGCAUCAACAACUAUGCCCAGUAUUACAAAAAGCAGGAUACGGCGGCGGGUAAUGCCAGCUCUGGAAUGGUGCGCAGCGGACCCAUUCGGGCGCCGGCUCACCUCAGAGCCACCGUGCGCUGGGACUACCAGCCGGAUAUCUGCAAGGACUACAAGGAGACGGGCUACUGUGGCUUUGGUGACAGCUGCAAGUUCCUGCACGAUCGCAGCGACUACAAGGCCGGCUGGCAGCUGGAAGCCGAUCACGAGGCGCAACGUCGCGGCGACUGUGAAUCGGAUGGGGACGAUGGCAAGUACGAGAUCCACUCGGACGAGGAAUCGCUGCCCUUCAAGUGCCACAUAUGUCGCCAGACCUUUGUCAAUCCUGUGGUGACCAAAUGCAAACAUUAUUUCUGUGAAAAGUGCGCCCUGGCACAGUACAAAAAGUCGCAACGCUGCAUAAUUUGUUCGCAGCAGACAAAUGGCAUUUUCAAUCCGGCCAAAGAACUGAUGGCCCGCCUCAAAGCGAAACCCAUGGAAUCUGGCGAUAGCGAUGAUGAGACUGCAGCGGCAGAAGAGCACAAUCAGGGAGAGGAGAAAACUCAGGAGAUUUCCUCCGAAGAUAGCGAUUAAGAAUAAUGUGAUUUGUGUUUGAAAUUUUUGUAUAAAACGCGGGUCUUAG